GGUAGUUUCAAUUUUUCAAGCUUGAGAUCUGGUUCCUUGUGCGAGUUUGACGCCUAAAAUCCGGGUGCUAGUCGGUAAUUUAGACUCCGUAGAUUCUCGAAACCUAUUGAUCGAAUCGUGUACAUGCUAUGCUGUCUACCGAUUAUGUAGCCACCUCGAGAUCAGAUACCCGCAUCAAUGUGUGGCUAAAAUUGGAAACACUCGUAUAUUUGGUCGUCCCCGAAAUGUACGAAGUGGCCCAGAGGACCCUUGUGCGCAUACCUCCAAGUUGAGCUCCGCAUACGCUUGUUACGACUGCGCACAACAUCUUUUCCUGUGUCGACUUGCUGCUGGUUCUGUUGGUUAUCGCGACUGCAUGAAUAAUCAACUGCGUGUUUGCAUGCUUGACAUCACUGCCACGAGGCUACACGGUUUUUUUGGAUGUAAGUUUCUGAAUGACGAAAGCAACGAUUAAUUCUGCCAGCCAGUGAAGACAUGAUUGUCCAAUCGACUUCCCAUCGUUACCGAUGAGUUCGACAAGCCUUUCCAGGAGCUGCAUGAAGUCCCGCCGAGUUUAGUCUACUUCGAACGGCAACAAAGUUACUGCAAAAAGACUGGAAACGGUCUCAGUUUUGCAAUAUUUUGUGACCUGAAGACUGCGACGCUUGCAAGUUGGUGAGUAUGAAGGGAACAAAUGCCAAGAAGGUGGUUCGUGGUGAAUGGACGCCGAUGGGGAGCUUGUGCUAUGUUUUAGGUGUUCUGCUGAUGUUGGUGGUGGCUGUGACACUCUGCUCCAUCAGAACUCCUCGGAAUCAGAGUUCACUCAUGGAAAGGUUCAUGGACUUUCAACUUCCACUCAAGAAAAAUCUUGCGGAAGACGUCUUGCUGUCGUCUGCUGACAUUGAUUGUGCAUCGUUGGGAUCUCCACUCAAAUCUAUACCGAGUGAUGAGCAGUAUCAUCCCAAGAACACGUUAGAUGCCGAAGUGUGUACCAGCAAGUACAUGCAGCACUGCUAUUGGAAUGCCACACGGAAACCCCCGCCUCCUCAGUUUCUUCAAGCACUACGAGAGUAUGAGGCCCUUCACCAGCGAUGCGUGGGAAACCACAACCUCACCGAGCUCUUCGUGGCAGGAAAAGUGCCGGAGGGAUGUAAGUAUCUUGUCUGGAAAGAGCAGGACGGAAAAGGGAACCAGAUCAUGAGUCUAGUGUCGGCCUUCAUAUAUUCUCUCCUCACUAAACGCACAUUGUUGACCAUGCCGUCUCUCGGUCAUGUCGACGGAUCACUCCACCAUCUUCUGUGUGAGCCGUUCCCCGGAUCCUCAUGGAAAUUACCUCCUGACUUUCCGCUGGAUGCCAUGCUUCAACAGACAGAUGUGCAAUGGGACUAUUUUCACAAAGUAGACAACCUAACAAAGAAUGGAUCUGAGUCCUAUUUGGAUGCAUCAUCAACCAUUUCGCCAAGUCGCUUGUACAUUACCCUCUCAAAUUACAACGUGCCCGAUCAUGAAGACAGACGAUUCUUCUGCCCUGCAGAGCAAACACUUCUUAGUCGCAUACCCUGGUUGGUGUUAAAAAGCAACAACUACAUUGCAGCCGGUUUUUACUUUUUACCCGAAUACCGGCAAGCUCUGAACCAGCUCUUUCCUGAUAGGGCAAUGUUUCUGCACGCUGGGAGGUAUCUACUCAACCCACGCAAUGACAUAUGGGGCCGUAUAACGAGGUUCUACGACGGGUACCUUUUGAAUGCAGACAAGAAGAUCGGCAUACAGGUGCGCUCAUGGAAACCUGAGUACAACCCCAUUCUCAGCGAGCACAUCCUCCGGUGCGCCACUUUGAACAACAUUCUCCCCAACGUCACUCAGGAAGACACAGCACCACCGACGAAGACGCCACCAGAGAGGGUCACAGUUCUGAUGACAGGCCUGGUAGCUCAAUACCAUCACGACGUGAGGGAGAAGUAUUUGCGAAACGCAAAUGUACGAGGUGAUAGUAUAUCAGUGUUGAGCCCCAGCAGCGAAGGGGUUCAGCAGACGGGGGAUGUGGAGCAUGACAAAAAGGCGUUGGCAGACAUGUGGCUUCUGAGCUUCAUGGACGACCUUGUGUCCUCGCCCAAGUCUACAUUCGGGUAUGUGGCCCAUGGGCUUGCCGGCAUCACACCCUAUGUAUUUGUAAGGUGGGGUUUCGAAGACUACACACAAUAUAAUGGUUGCGAGAGGUCGAAUCUUGCGGGGCCUUGUUACAUCGACACACCUCAUGGCCAAGAGUGUCCUUUAGAUCCUCCGGGGACCCGGAUUGGAGACCCCAAUGCCGCAGUGCCGGAGAUUCAACACUGCCGCAACCAGUGGGGAGUCGGUGUUUUUCCAGGCUAGGUUUGCUCACUCAUAAGCAUAGCACUCACGAUUCGCUUUUGCUGCCCAAGUUACUUUCUUCCAGUGAUUUAGCUUACUCCAUGCUAUGAUCAAUGAUUCUUUCGUGUGAGUUACGAGGAGAUCAUGGAUUGUGCAUUUUCAGGAAUUCGAUUUUGUUAGGCUCAUACGACAAGGGUUAAAUUUUUUCUAGUUAUUUAUUUUUGUUUCAUUGUUUUUACACAUGUAUAAGUAGUGUAAUUUUCAAAAGUCUCAUUGACGUUUGACUUCCACCACCCUUAUUUGGGUGCAAGUUGCAAGUCCUAAGGAUGUCUUUUCUUGUGCUAUGUCAAUUUCGGCAAUUGUGCAACCUCUUUUAAAUUAUCAAACAGACCUCACUAGUUCUCAAUA